AUGGAAUCCGCAAAGACAAAACUCCAAGGGCGAGAGUGGAGGAAAGACCAGUACCUGAUCUCCACCGACUCUAGUCUCGUCCCGAUUGCAAAGCUCAUCGACAUCUUCAAUUCAGAAGGGUUCUACUGGUCAAAGGCCUUACCAGCCCCGGCAAUGCAGGAAAUGCUUGACAAUUCCCUGUGCUUUGGCUUGUACGAACAGGCCGAACCCAUUGGCCCAAGCAAUGCCACCCCGGAGCUCAAGUUUCUCGGCAUCGCCCGCCUGGUGACAGACUACAUCACGUUCGCGUACCUGACGGACGUGUGGGUGGAACCGUCGUGUCAAGGGAACGGCCUGGGCAGCUGGAUGGUCCGGUGCAUCGACGAGGUGCUGGAGACCAUGCCGCAUCUCCGACGUUGCCUGCUCUUCACCGGCGACUGGCAGCGCUCGGUCCCAUUCUACGACAAGCUUCUGAGAGCUAAGUUGGUCGAGACGCGGAAGGGAGAGGGCUUGGCGAUCAUGGAGAGGAAGGGCAGAGGGCAUCCGACAUUCAACAAAGAAGGAACCGGGUACAAUUGA